AAACCGGUUCUUUUGCUACCCUGAUGCGUUACAGCCAGAUAAUUACUAGGCUAACUACCUUUACCCAGAUGAGACACCACAGAAAGCGAGCGCUCCGUCCCUUCAGGAUUUCGUCGCUUUUCUCAGGUGGGAAAAAAGAAGGAGUAAAAGACUCCUGCGCGGAGUCAGACGUGCAGAAGAGAUACCGGAAGAACAGGUCCAAGAUGCGGUUCUGGGUCUGCAGUCUGCUGCUGGCGUUCUCAUGGCUUGUAGCUAAAGGUAGCACCACCACCAACUAUGACAGCUCCACGGACAGCUUACGUCAUCUGCUGACCAACCACUUCUCGUCCGACCGCCAUCACGUGACCAGUCCUGGCGGGAAGGAGGACGCCGUGACCUUCAUCACGGAGACCUUCAGGAAAUAUGACCUUCAGGUCUUCUCACAGAUGUUCGACACGGACAGCAAGGACGUACAAGGGCGUAACAUCAUCGGGACAUGGCCGGGCCUGAAUACCGGAACACCAGAUGACCGUCCUGUGAUGAUAGCAGCUCACUACGACACGGCCCGCGGCUCCCCGGGCGUGUGCGCGGACGGGUCCGGCAUGACGGCACUAAUGGAGGCGGUACGAGUCAUCACUGCCCGAUCGUGCAUGCAGGAGAACUCUGUCGUCUUCGCGGCGUUCGACUUCGAGGUGAAGGAAAGUGCCACUCUGGACCACGCCGCCUGUCAUAACGCCGGCUGCGGAAGCGCCAAGUACCUGAAGGAGCUUCUGAUUCCUUACAUCAAGAGUCUCGGCAUCUCCUCCAACGACUUCCAGGGAGCCUUCGUGCUGGACUCCGUCAUGAACUUCAACAGCACCGAGGACAGUCAGCGUCUUCCGGAGGAGGAGCGCUUCAAGGAGGCCCCGGGGUUGCAGGAGGCCUACACGCGGAUCCAGGCUGACGGCAGCAGGGGUGACUUCAUCGCGCUGGUCGGGCGGAACUUCGACUCGCCGCUGUACCAGAAGUUCAUCUCGGCAUGGGAGGCCCUGCCGGACAACAGGUUCAAGAACCAGCUGUUGCACAUGCCUGAGAAAGAUCUCCCGGCCGAACUGGACCCGUACUGGGACGUCUACAACAAACUGACGCACGGAGAUCACUACAGCUUCUGGGUAGCCGACUCCGACCUCCGGGCCAUACACAUUACUGAUUCUGCCCAGGAGCGCGGCUACAUGCAGGAGUGUUUCCACAAACCCUGUGACGACACGGAUCACGUGACCGCCGACAACCUGGCGUUCCUGAAGAAGGUGACAGACGCCACCAUCGCCACUGUCAUGCAGAUGGCGACAUAUCCGGACACGUGCCUCGACCCGUUCAACGAUUCCCCAGACCUCCUGAAGAGCGGGAUAGCGCUGACAGGAAAGUCCUGGCGGCUGAAAGGAAAGGAGGAGGAGACCUUCUCCCUCAGUAUCGACAUCGACACGGUCAAACCGAACGGUGCUGUGGAGGCUGUCAUGGUGAACUCAGAACUACAAGUGCCUCUCGAUGUUGUGGGCAGGUACAACGCUGACAACAAGAGACUCGUCCUCCGAUUGGCCGAGCCAAGCCACGUGACCAAAGGUGCCAAGCCGAUCGACCCGACGUUGCUGCAGAGGUGGACUGUGAACGGGGAGGUAACCGGAUUCCCCGGGGGUCUGGUGUACUUCGGCUCUCUGAGCGGGAUGCAGGACAGUACUGAUGACGUCAUGGAGGAGUUCAACAUCGCCUACUCAGAAGACCCUACAGUCGGUCUCCGCCAGUCGAACACUGCCCUGGCUGUCCUGUUCGCUCUGACACUGGUGCUGCUGAUAGCGACUGUAGCUUAUCUCUGCUACGUCAAGCGCACCUACCAGCCCUUCACCCAGAUGACCGAGAAGACUUCAAUCAACGUUCCCGUACUGAAGCUGGUGUACCGCCGCUAUCUGAACAUGGCUCUGCACGACUGGCUGGCGGUUGGGUUUCUGCUGAUGGUCAUGGGUGGUACCGUCUCUAGCGACAGGAGUUCCACGGAGAACCUGCGGAAGAUCCUUGUAGACCAUUUCUCGUCCAACCGGUUCCACCACAAAGUCUAUGUUAGAGGUACCGCUGUUGGUGAAAGCAGUACCACGGAAAACCUGCGGAAGAUUCUGGUGGACCAUUUCUCGUCCAACCGGAACCACCGCACCAGCGGCAUCGGGAAGCAGUCGGCGCUACAGUUCACGUACGACACCUUCGUACAGCACAACCUGCAGGUCUUCACACAGGAGUUCGAGACGGAUAACCCACAGGUGAAGGGCCGGAACCUUAUCGGAGUGUGGCCUGGCUCCCGGACCGCCACGAACCUAGACCGGCCGAUUCUGAUCGCGGCUCACUACGACACUUACACGGACACCCCGGGCGUCAAGGGCAGGAACCUCAUCGGAGUGUGGCCUGGCUCGAGGACCGCCACUAACCUGGACCGGCCGAUCCUGAUCGCCGCUCACUACGACACGUACCCGGACACGCCAGGCGUGUGCGCAGACGGCUCGGGCAUGGCUGCGCUACUGGAGGCGAUCCGGGUCAUCACGGCCCGGCCCUGCAUACAGUACAACUCUAUCAUAUUCGCAGCAUUCGACUUUGAGGAGAAGGAUACGACUGACAGGUCGGGCAUGGCGGCACUACUGGAGGCAAUCCGGGUCAUCACGGCCCGGCCCUGUAUACAGUACAACUCUAUCAUCUUUUCAGCGUUCGACUUUGAGGAGAAAGACACGACCACACCAGGCUCUGCCUGCCAGACCUUCGGCUGCGGAAGCCGCGCGUACGUGAGCGAUGUUUUGGUGAAAUACCUGAAGUUUGUCGGGAUCAGCUCGGCACAGUUCCAGGGCGCCUUCAUACUGGACUCUGUACUCAACUUCAACGACUCCGCGGACAGCCAGAAGCUCCCGCCCGGCGACUUUCGAAACGUGAUGCGCAUCCCCAUCAAGCAAAUGCCGCCGAUUCCUGAAAGCCCGCACUUCGAGUACUGGCCGGUUUAUCGGGAUCUGACGAACGGAGACCACUACAGCUUCUGGGCGUAUGACGCUGACCUGAGGGCCAUCCACAUCACAGACACCGGUCCCUUGCGAGGUUACAUGCAGGAGUGUUACCACCAGGCCUGUGACAACACGGAUCACCUGUCCCAGAACAACAUGGCCUUCCUCAAGAAGGUUACAGACGCUACCAUCGACGCCGUCAUGACGCUGGCUGUCUUCCCAGAAACCUGCACAGACCCUUGGACCAAGUCCCCUGAGAUGUUGAAGAGCGGGAUCAACCUGAAAGGAAAGGUCUGGCACUCCAAGAAGUCUCGCAGUCCCUUCACCAUCAUCCUGAAGGAGUUCAAACCGAACGGAGCGGUGGUGGCCACCCUCAAGAACGGGAGCCUCACUCUGGAUCUGGAUGGCCGCUAUAACGCGGAUAACAAGUUGCUGAUCCUGCGGAUGGCCCAGCCGAGUAACGCCGCCGCGCUGCCGCACAAGUACGAUCCCGUGUACCUCAUGAAGUGGACCAUGACGGGAGAGGUAGUCGGGUUCGCAGGAGGCAUUCUGUACUACGGUUUUCUGGCCGGACCCAACAAUGAAAUAGAGGAGUUCAGCGUGACCUAUUCUGAAGGUAGAUGA